UAGUACUAACACCGACGCGUACGCCGACGCGGACUCCGUCUAUAAUACCUCAUUCUCAAGCUCGCGGAGCACCCCAGAUCUCGAUUACGCCCACCUAAGGGCCCGAUUACACCAGGAGGAGCAAGCCAUUCAGGCUCUUAUAGAACAAACCGAUCAUCGCCCAGCGCAGCA